CACAAACCUCUUAUUUUCGACAGUCUUACUUCAACCGUGUCAGUCGAUUAUUGUGCAAACUUAUAUUUCCAAAAAUAUUACAGUCUUGAUAAGACACUUAUGUGCUCUAUAUUGUUAUUGAAAUGAAAAGCCUUGCACUUACUUUUUUCGCUCUAAUUGUGGAUUUUGAGUCUGGAUACUCACAAUAUAAUUGGAAUAAUCCCUACAAUUUUGAAUUUCGUCAGGAUCCAAAUGCUCAACACACAUUUAAUCGAAAUUAUCAGCCAAAUAAUUACUUUACACAGCAGCAAUCAAACUCAUUUUAUCCACAAGCAUCGAAUUCCUUCAUUAGACAGCCAUCAAGUAGCUUUUACACGGCACCAGCAUAUAGAUACUAUCCUCAGCAACAGGGACUUAAUUCAUUCUAUUCACAACCUUCAUAUUUGACUAAUCAACAACCAUCAAAUGUGAACUAUCAACAGCCACAGCAAUCCAAUGACAAUUACCUCCAGCAACAAUCUUUGCAAUACUCAAAUCAACAUCCAAAUUCUCAAGACAGUUCUCAAACAAGUUUAAAUACAGCACAUCGAGUAAGUGAAAUGAAGUGCGAGGAAUAUCUAAAUAUGUCAUUAAGGAAUGUGUCAUCCAGUGCUCUUAGUUUAAGGCCGGCAUUUCAAAAUGUCAAAAUGGAAAAUUGCGAGAAUUCAAUAAGUUUGAUAAUUAAUGGAGAGAAUGCAAAAGCUGGUGAAUUUCCUCACAUGGCAGCUGUUGGAUAUAAAGACAAGAAUAGAGUUGCUCAUUUUGUGUGUGGUGGAUCUUUAAUUUCUGAUCAAUUUGUUCUAAGUGCUGCACAUUGUAGAAUAUUUGAUGGUAAAGCAUCAUCAAUUGUUCGUCUUGGAGUUCUAAAUUUGAAAGUAAAGGAACAAAGCUCAUAUGAAAUAGACAUAGCAAUAGAAUCAUUUAUAAGUCAUGAAAUUUACGAUCCAAAUCGUAAGAAAAAUGAUAUUGCUGUAAUUAAACUUGUCAAUAAGGUCAGUUUAUCAAAAUUUAUUCGACCUGCAUGCCUUAUGACACCAGACAAUCAAGUUAAUGUAGACAAAGCUGUUGUUACUGGCUGGGGAUUGACACAAGCAUUUACAGGCCUCACUUCAGAUAUCUUGCAGAAAGCUAAACUGAAGAUCAAAGAUAUUAGUACAUGCCGGAACUAUUUGGAUAAUGAAAAUGUUGAUAGUAGCCAGAUUUGUGCUGGGGAUAAGACAAGAGAUACUUGCUCGGGGGAUUCUGGAGGUCCACUUCAAAUAAUAUCACCAAAAAAUAAAUGUGUUCACAUUAUAGUUGGAAUCACGAGUUUUGGAAGUCAAUAUUGUGGAGUUGAAAAUUCUGUUGCCGUUUACACAAAGGUUGCAGCUUAUUUGACCUGGAUUGAGCAGAAAGUAUGGGGAAGUAGCUGAGAUUUCACAAAAUUUAUAUCUUUAUCCUUGAUAUUUUGGCUUAAUGUAACUUUUAAUUACUAUAGAGAAUAUAAAUCCUUUUAUUUUGGUAUGUCAUCUUUACUCUAGCUUCUCUUGUUAAUUAAAUAAAUGCAUUUUUGUAAGUGUCGCUGAACUGCACAGAAACUUUCAUUUGCAAACCUAUUUUAAUUUCUUUACUUGAU